AGGCAGACCAAGACAUCUGCCUCCCUGCCAUAGAAACUCUCCCCCAGUGAAUCAUCCCAUUGGAAAGGGCAGCUGUGCUUGGGGAGCUGGCCUUUCUGAGCAGUGGGUGUUGGGAGUCUCUUCCCUGCUGGUCCCAAUUGCAGGCUCUAACUGGUCUUUCCUCCUCCAGUUUGUUCUGAAGAACUAUGGGGAGAACCCAGAGAACUACAAUGAGGAACUGAAGAAGCUGGAGCUGCUCCGGCAGAACGCAGUAAAUGUGCCCCGGGACUUUGAGGGUUGCAGCAUCCUGCGAAAGUACUUCGGGCAGCUCCACUACCUGCAGAGCCGCAUCCCCAUGGGGGCUGAGCAGGAGGCGGCCGUGCCCAUCACCUGGACAGAGAUCUUCUCCGGCAAGACAGUUACUCAUGAAGAUAUCAAAUAUGAACAGGCAUGCAUCCUCUAUAACCUUGGCGCGUUGCACUCCAUGCUGGGCGCCAUGGACAAGAGAGUGUCAGAGGAGGGCAUGAAGGUUUCCUGCACCCAUUUCCAGUGCGCAGCGGGGGCUUUCACCUACCUGCGGGAUCACUUCCCUCACUCCUACAGUGUGGACAUGAGUCACCAGAUCCUGAAUCUCAACAUCAACCUCAUGUUGGGCCAAGCUCAGGAGUGUCUCCUGGAAAAGUCUAUGCUGGACAACAGGAAGAGCUUCCUCGUGGCCAGGAUCAGUGCCCAGGUGGUAGACUACUACAAAGAGGCCUGCCGGGCACUGGAGAACUCCGAGACGGCCUCGCUGCUGGGAAAGAUCCAGAAGGACUGGAAGAAGCUAGUGCAGAUGAAGAUUUACUACUUCGCGGCUGUAGCUCACUUGCAUAUGGGAAAACAGGCUGAGGAGCAGCAGAAGUUUGGAGAGCGAGUCGUCUACUUCCAGAGUGCUCUGGAUAAACUCAACGAAGCCAUCAAACUGGCGAAGGGUCAGCCGGAAACCGUCCAAGAAGCCCUGAGGUUCGCGAUGGACGUGAUCGGGGGGAAGUAUAACUCGGCCAAAAAAGACAACGAUUUCAUCUUCCACGAGGCCGUCCCUGCUCUGGACACCCUGCAGUCUGUGAAAGGUGCCCCCCUGGUGAAGGCCCUACCCGUCAACCCCACCGAUCCUGCCGUCACGGGCCCGGAUAUCUUCGCCAAGCUGGUGCCCAUGGCUGCCCAUGAAGCCUCCUCUCUGUACAGUGAGGAGAAGGCUAAGCUGCUGCGAGAAGUGAUGGUGAAGAUCGAGGCCAAGAACGAAGUGCUGGACCAGUUCAUGGACUCCCUGCAGCUGGACCCUGAGACGGUGGACAACCUGGAUAUGUACAGCCACAUCCCCCCGGUCCUGAUGGAGAAGUGCGCUGCGCUCAGCGUGCGCCCAGACACAGUGAAGAACCUGGUGCAGUCCAUGCAGGCACUCUCGGGAGUUUACACGGACGUGGAGGCCUCCCUGAAGGAGAUCCGUGACCUGCUGGAUGAGGACGAGGCGCAGGAGCAGAAACUGCAGGAGCUUCUGGGGAAGCCACCGGCGCAGCAGGCAUCGCCCCCUGCCCCGGCCCCCGCACUGGCCGAGGUGGGCAAGGAGUGGACCAAGUACAUGGAGGUGCACGAGAAGGCCAGUUUCACCAACACGGAGCUGCACAAGGCCAUGAACCUGCAUAUCGGCAACCUGCGCCUGCUGAGCGGGCCCCUGGAGCAGGUGCGGGCUGCCCUGCCUGCCCCUGCCCUCACUGAAGACGACAACCUGGCACUGCAGAACCUGAAGCGGAUCCUGUCCAAGGUGCAGGAGAUGAAGGACCAACGCACGUCCCUGGAGCAGCAGCUGCGGGAGAUGAUCCAGAAGGACGAUAUCACCACCUCCCUGGUGACCACAGACCGCUCCGAGAUGAAGAAACUCUUUGAGGAGCAACUGAAGAAAUAUGACCAGAUCAAGGUGUACCUGGAGCAGAACCUGGCUGCCCAGGAGAACAUCCUGAAAGCCCUGACCGACGCCAACGUCAAGUAUGCGGCCGUGCGGAAGGUCCUCGCCGAGGUGGAGCACAAGUGGAACACCACUGUCCAGACGCUGGUGGCGUCCUACGAGGCCUACGAAGACCUGAUGAAGAAGUGCCAGGAGGGGAAGGAUUUCUACACUGACCUGGAGAGCAAAGCGGCCAAGCUCCUUGAGAAGGCCCGAGCAGCCUGCAACGCGACGGAGCAGAACCGCCAGCAGGUCCUGGAGAAGGAGAUGAAGAAGAAGCCCCCUCCGCGGCCCACAGCCCCCAAGCCCGCCUUGCAGAAGUCCAUGGAUCUGGAGGCAGCGGGCGGCCUGGAUGGGGCAGAGCUGCCAUCUCUGGGCUCCCUCACGCUGGCUGACCUGCCCGAGGAGCUGCGCAGCUUGCCCCCAGAUGUGCUGGCCGCCCACUUCUCCCGCCUGCCCCCCGACACCGCAGCCGCCUUCGCUGCCAACCCUGCCCUGGGCAUCAGCCUCCGGGCCCCCGGCCCAGAUGUCUUUGUGGGUCCUGGCCGCACGGCGAGUGCCCCCCUGCAGCCCCCUCUGGCCGGUCCACCCGGUGCCCCGUUUGCCCCUGGCCACUUCCCAGCCUCGACCCCACUGCCCGGGCACUACCUCCCCGGGAGGGUGCCCGCCCCACCCGCCGGCAUGCCCAUGGGCUCGGUGCAGGGUCCCUUCCCCCCUGCCACAUACGGCGGGCCCCCAGGGCCACCCGCCCCGCUCAUGCAGCCCUCGACCCCGCAGUCGGCCCUGCCACGACCCGGAUCCGCACCCUCGCCCAGCCCGCAGCUCUUCCCAGGGGCCGCGCUGGCACGAGGCAUAGCGCACUCCAGCGCUGCCCCCGUGCCCGUCCAGCCAGGCUACGCCGGGCCUCACGUGGCCCCCCAGAGAUCUUCUCCACAGCACAUGCCCAUGGCGGUCUCUGGCCCCGCGCCAGGGACCCCCGGUGCCACCUACGGCCUGGGGCAGCCCGUCUCCCCUGGCGGGGUCAUGCCUAGUGGUCUCCCUGCCACUGUCCCGGUCAGACCCCCUGUCAUGGGCCCCUCAGGCCCACUCCCAUUUAGCCAAGGCAGCAGGGACAUCCCACAGCAGCCCCAGGGCGUGCGACCUGCCACCACCACCGUGGACAGCAUCCAGGCGCCCAUCUCCAGCUGCACGGCCCCCCGUGCCAUGGCUGGCCCGGUGCCGCCGCCGCCGCCGGCUCCCCACGGCGGGCCUGCCCUGCACAUGAGGACCCGGCUCUACCAGCUGCCGCUUCAGGACAAGCUGCCCCCGCACUCUGGGAACAUCGCGUUCCCCCACGGGCCGCCCCAGCCCGGCCCUGCCGCCAUGCUGGCCCCGGGGCAGCAGCUCCACCCGCUGCCCGCCGUGCAGCCGGUGCCCGCGGGCUCCCCUGCACCGCUCGUCUCUGCCGUGCCCUUCUGCCCUCCCUCUAAUGCCCGGCAUCCGGGUACCCAGGCGGGCCCGAUGCCGCCGGGGCCCGUACCACUGGGCGGUCCCCAGCCCGCAUCCUCUAGUCAGUCUGGCCCUCACCACGUGGCCCCCGUGCCCAGCCCGGCACUGAGCCAGAUGCCGGGUGGGGUGGUGGUCGCAGGCCCGGCCAUGCCCUCCCCGGCACCGUCCCCACAACCUUCUCUGACCAUGGUGCCGCCGGCCACAGCCGGCCCCGCCACCCUGCCGCAGCGGGCCCCGCCCUCGCUCACCCCCGGCGCGGCUCCUGGCGAGGUGCAGUUCCACCGGCAGAGCUCCUCCACCGACGACCUCCUGUCGUCGAGCCCCGAGAGCCAGCACGGGGGCUCCCAGGCGGCGGUGAGCCCGCCGCUGCUGCAGCCCACCAAGGCGGAUGCCAAGGACGGCGCCAAGCCCAGGGCCGUGCAGCUCAUCGAGAACGACCCCUACGAGAAGCCUGAGCGCGUCCUGCGCUUACGCGCCGAGCUGGAGCGCUUCCGCGCCCUGGUAGCCGGGCUGGAGCAGCCCGCAGGCGGCAGCACCAGCGAGCUGGAUGCCGUCUGGAAGGACCUACAGGAUGCCCAGGAGAGGGACGCCCGGCAGUUGUCCAUCGCCAUCGCCCGCUGCUACUCCAUGAAGAACCGGCACCAGGACAUCAUGCCCUACGACAGGAACCGCGUGGUCCUGCACUCCGGCAAGGACGACUACAUCAAUGCCAGCCGCAUCGAGGAUCUCUCGCCCUACUGCCCUGCCAUCAUUGCCACCCAGGCCCCGCUGGUGGGCACUGCCGCUGACUUCUGGCUCAUGAUCUACGAGCAAAAGGUGUCGGUCGUCGUCAUGCUGGUUUCCGAGCAGGAGAUUGAGAAGCAGAAGGUGGUGCGCUACUUCCCGGCCGAGCGGGGCCAGCCCAUGGUGCAGGGGCCCAUCACCCUCACCCUGACCAGCCUCAAAGCUGCGCCCACGCACGUGGAGAGGAUGAUCACACUCCAGUUCUGCGACCAGAGCCUCAAGCGCACCGUCAUCCACCUGCAGUUCACCUCCUGGCCCGAGCUGGGCCUGCCCGACAGCAAGGGGAACCUGCUGCGCUUCAUCCAGGAGGUGCACGGGCACUACCUGCACCAGCGUCCCCUGCACACGCCCGUCGUCGUCCACUGCAGCUCGGGCGUGGGCCGCACGGGUGCCUUCUGCCUGCUGUACGCGGCCAUGCAGGAGGUGGAGGCCGGCAACGGCAUCCCGGACCUGGCCCAGCUCGUCCAGCGCAUGCGGCGGCAGAGGAAGCACAUGCUGCAGGAGAAGUUGCACCUGAAGUUCUGCUACGAGGCUGUCCUCAAGCAUGCGGAGCAGGUGCUGCAGAGACAUGGGGUGGCUGCGCCCGCCGCCAGCAAGCCCCCCCCACCCAGUGCCGCACACAAGCUCUACGUGCACCAGGACCCGCAAGACCUGGUGCUGGGUGGGGACAUGCCCAUCAGCUCCAUCCAGGCCACCAUUGCCAAGCUGAGCAUCAAGCCCUGUGCCCCCGGCCUUGAGCCCCCCAUGCCCUGGCUGCUGCCCGAGCCGGCCCCCGCAGGUGACACUGGGACGGGCACGGUGCCCCCAGCCACCACCGCGGCAGCGCCUCCCAGUCUUGGAGACGGUGCCAGCCCUGUCCCUGCCGAGCUGCCCCCCACGUCUGCCCCGGAGGUGGCACCUGAAGCAGAGAGCAGCAACCACGUGGAGGAGAUCCCAGGGCAGAGCCCCCCCGCAGAGCCCCCGGCCAGCGCGGCGCCCUCGUCCUCGUCGCUGGAGCUGCUGGCCUCGCUCACCCCUGAGGCCUUCUCGCUGGACAGCUCGCUGCGGGGUAAGCCCCGCGUCAGCAAGCAGAGCUUCCUGCAGCCCCACGACGGCGAGGGGCUGCGCGGCGCCCGGCCCUCCGACGACCCUCUCAGCAUGCUCGACCCCCUCUGGACCCUCAACAGGGCCUGAGUGUGGCCGGGGGGGCCUCUGCCUCCGGCAGUGCCAAAGCCCUUGCCUGCCUCGAUCCCAGCAGCCAACUGCAGCUGCUGGACGCGGGCAGAGCCCAGGACUUGGGGGCUUUGGAUGUACUCAGCACUACAGCGAUGCCUCUGGCUGCUCCCACCCACUCGGUACGUCCGGCCUGGCCUGCCGGGAGCAGCCAGCCCAGACGCAUAAGGGGCCGGGCUGUCUCCUCCUGCCUCCGCGUUGAGCAGUGCCCUUCCCUCCCCAGCAGGAGAGGGGAUUGGGGAGGCUGGGAGGGUCAUGUCCCAUCCUGUCUGAAGGCUCAGCUCUGGCUGCAGUCCAGGCUGCGCCGCCCCUGGCCCCCCGCUCACCGGCAGGGUCCCGGCGGCUGCCGCGGUUCUGCCUGGCUGAUGCCUCCAGGGGCAGGCAUCUGGCUCGCAGCUCCUUGCCCCUGCGCUGGAGACAGAGGGCAAUUGCACUUUACCUGGGGGCAGCCAGGCACCGCCGGGGUCCAUCUGGUGUGGAAGCCGGGGGCGGCGGGGCACAGCCUGGGCCUGCCCUCAGCUCUGUCCAGGGUGGAGGCUGUCUUGGAGGGCACCAAGGACCUCCCUCUGGCUGUGCGCAGCACUCCAGCUGCCUCCUGGCCCCGCGCUCUUCCUGAGCCCUGUAGCUGCAGGCUCUUCCCCGACACCAGGCCCCUCUCGGGCCGGCUGCCCCGUUGCUCCCUGCUCCCGCUUGGGGUCUGUGCAGUCAGCAGCACCACAGAGCUGGGCCUGCUUGCCUCGACCCGUGCUGGCGGCAGGCCUGCUGUAAAGCGUCCCUUCAAACUCAAGAGACUUCAGCUCGCUUCCCGGGGCCCGUUGCACCCAGCAGGGCCCUGAGCGAGUGGGAUCCCUGCAGGCACCACCCCUCCCUCUGCAGCACCAGGGUUGCCAGCCUGGGAGAGGGGCCGUGGGUGCUGCUGCCUGCGCUGCACCCAGGAGGCUGGUGCUGGGCCACCAGCGCAGGCAAACCCUGAUCCCAGCCAGUGCUGCGGCCUCGUGCUUGUGCCAGGAGCAGCUUCCACUGCUGGGGGCUCUGCCUGGCCUCUCUCACGCCUUGGGCCCCUGCUCCCCAUGUGUCUGGGUGCAGCAGCUGCCGCCAGUGCCCAGGGAGCCCGGUCUGCCCUGCAUGUAGCCGGGCCGUGGCCCGCAGCACCCGCCCUGCCUGGUCCAGGCAGCUCCACUACGCCAGGGUCUCUGCCUUCACCCGGGUGCCAGCAUCUGUCUCCAGAUUGCCUCUAACCAGAACUGACUUUUUCAGCUCUUUGCUACUAAAAUAAACGGAAGGUUUGAUCUGGCGCCGGGGGCUGCUCUGCUCGCUGCUUGUGGCGGGGGGGAGGAGGGGGCGCGGUGUUUUGGGAGGUCCGUAAGAUGAUGGGCUCGGACAUGCACAAUGAGGGGGCUAGCGCUGGUUCUGCCCUGGGCACAAGCACCCGCGCCCGCUGCAUCUCCACUGCUGGCUGCAGCGAGCGAGCUGAGAACAUGGCUGCGCCAGCGGGGACGCGGCCCUUCAGCCAGGGUCAAAGUCCGUGCGACGCCAGCUAUAAAAAGGGGCUUGGCCUGGAGCCGGCAGCUUCUCUGGCACCAUCUCCCUAAAAGUUAUGGCCAACCAGGCUUGUGGCCGUCAGAGCCAGAGCGGUGCCACUCGCCUCCCAGGAGCUGCAAAGUGACCUGGUUUGCACACGGUGAGUGUCAGCCCAGUGCAGCCCCGCUUCCACGUGCACGUGCUGGAUGAGUCUGUCUGCCCAGUGCUGUGGGCAGCCCAGUGUGGCGGCCUAGAUGGGCGCAGUGGGUCCGCGCCCCUCUUCCAAGAAGGCAGGGUCGAGAGGCACCUUGUAGACCUGGAGCUCUCAGCCAGGGGUCCUGGGAGGGAGGCUGCACCACCCAGGUGCUGCAUGCGCCGGUACAUGCUCUCGUCCCCCAUCUCGCACUGCUGCCGCCUUCCCUGCUAGCACGAGACCCCACAGGCGGCCCUUGCCCCUCAGCUCCAGCCCGGGGGCAGACGGGGCAGAGAGCAGGGCAUGGCAGGGCCUUGCCCUCACCUUGGAUUGGCGAGUCUCAACCUUCAUCUUU